CUUCCUACUCUGCAAGUAACAGAAGCAAGCCUUUCUCUUGCAGGUUUGAGAAAAGCAUGCUCCGGCUUCCUCGGUGUAUCCUGAGGUCCACCUGUCCUUCCCUUAAUAGAGAAACUGGGAGCAGAGCAAGGCGAUCCUUCGACUCCUGUGGGAGGCAGAGCUGGAUCAAGGGUCAAGGAUGGAGGAGCAAAAUUUGACUGGUCCUGGAGGAAGACGUGGAGGCGUUUAUGCCACUCAGCUUGGAAGCCCCAAAGCUUUCUGGGAAGGAACGGUGCAGGAGAAGCCGAGCACGGAGCACGGCAAUUCCGAUGAGCCGUCCCAGCGCUUCAGAGGGUUCUGCUACCAGGACGCCAUGGGGCCGAGGCAUGUUUGUAGUCAGCUUCAUUUCCUUUGCUGUCAGUGGCUGAAGCCAGAAAGGCACACCAAGGCUGAGAUCCUGGACCUGGUGAUCCUGGAGCAAUUCUUGGCCAUCCUUCCCCCGGAGAUGUCCAGCUGGGUGAGGGAAUGUGGAGCGGAGACCAGUUCCCAGGCGGUGGCCCUGGCCGAAGGCUUCCUCCUGAGUCAGGCAGAAGAGAAGAAGAAGCAGGAAGCAAAACAGGUGAUAAGACAGUUCAGCCCAGUAGCCACAGACCGCUCUGAGGCAAAGAAGCAUCUGCUGGACCCCGGGCAGAAGACCAAAUUUCAGUGCACUGGUCAAGAGAGCAACCCUGGGGCCAUCUCACUGGGGGGUGAAAUGAACCUAGGUCCGGGUUCAAGCUUUUCUGGUAGAAGACAGGAAGCAGUUGCUAUACAGUCAGAUCAGGGCUCUGUGACCUUUGAGGAUGUGGCCGUGUACUUCACCGACGAGGAAUGGGCUGUGCUGGAUCCUGACCAGAGGGGUUUGCACAGGGAGGUUAUGGAGGAGAGCUCAGGGAUUCUGGAGUCCUUGGGGGACGAGAGGAAGCGAAAUAAAGAGGACAUGGCGCAGAAGACUGAAGCAGAGCAAAAGUUGAGGAAGAAGCCCUCAGGAGAUGAAGAGGGAGAGUUCCAUAAAAUGGCGGGAGAUUCUCAGGCAGGAAAGGAAACUUCAGCAAGGAAAAAGCCAUUUAAAUGCACAGUGUGUGGAAAGGGUUUCAGUCAGCGCAGCACCCUUGCGGACCAUCACAGGAUCCACACGGGAGAGAAACCGUAUACGUGCUCCGAGUGUGGGAAGAGCUUCAGCCGUAUUCGUGCCCUUACCGAUCAUCAGAGGACCCACACAGGAGAGAAACCGUAUAAGUGCUUAGUGUGUGGGAAGCGCUUCGGUCAGAGCAGUAACUUUGCUUAUCAUAAAAAAACCCACACGGGGGAGAAGCCUUUUGAAUGCUCCGUAUGCGGAGAAAGUUUUGGUCGAAGCCGUGCCCUGAUGGAUCAUCAGAGAAUCCACACUGGGGAGAAACCCUACAAAUGCUCAGAGUGUGGGAAGAGCUUCACUCAGAGCAGCACCCUUACAUAUCAUCAAAGGACCCACACCGGAGAGAAACCCUAUCAGUGCUCAGAGUGUGGGAAAAGUUUCACGCAAAGCAGUACCCUGACAGUCCACAAAAAGACUCACGCGGGCCAGAAAUCCUAUAAGUGCCUGGAGUGUGGAAAGAACUUUUGCCGGAGUAACAGUCUUGCUGUCCAUCAAAGAACUCAUACGGGAGAGAAACCCUAUAAAUGCUCAGAGUGUGGAAAGAGCUUCUCUCAGCGCAGCACCCUUGCGGACCAUCAAAGAACCCACACGGGAGAGAAGCCGUUCACCUGCUCGGAGUGUGGAAGGAGCUUCAGUCGGAGCCGUGCUCUUGUCAACCAUCAGAGAAUCCACACUGGAGAGAAGCCCUAUAACUGCUCCAUUUGUGGGAAGAGUUUUGCUCAGAGCAGUAGCUUUGCUUACCAUAAAAAAACGCACACGGGGGAGAAGCCUUUUGAAUGCUCCGUCUGUGGAGAAAGAUUCAUUCAGAAAAGUACCCUCACCGAUCAUCAAAGAACCCACACAGGAGACAAGCUGUAUGAAUGUUCAGAGUGCGAGAAGAGCUUCAGUCAUAGUCGGGCUCUCAUCUAUCAUCAAAGAACCCACACGGGAGAGAAACUGUAUAAAUGUCCCGACUGCGGGAAGAGCUUCACGCCCUUGAGUGCCCUCACGUAUCAUCGGAGAACCCACACAGGAGAGAAACCCUAUAAAUGUCCAGAGUGCGGGAAGGGCUUUGGUCAGCGGAGUACUCUCGUCGCCCAUAAGAAAACACAUUCCUUUAAACCUUUUAAAUGCCCGGAAUGUGGGAUGAACUUCCGUACUAGUCAAAACUUUGCUUUUCAUUUCGAAAUCCACACCGUACGGGAGAGCAGUAGAAGUUCUUCACGGGGUUUUGAGUUGUGGGCAGGCUUGGAGCACUGAAGCUGUUUCACACGUGGCAUCGCAAAAGGGCUACAGCCGUGGGUCCAGCCACCGAAUCCCCAUUUCCUGGAACAGAGACCCGGCGGGGCUAAAAGACCACUUGCCCAAGGACCUGAGUGCAAAAACAGCUCUUGAGGAGACGAAACCCAAUCCAGUGAAACCAGGUGUGAGUGGAGGCAGAGAAGUGAGCCGUCCUCGCAGAUGCCAGAGAGAGAAGAAAGCAAAGGAUGUGUGGUGGGGGAGUUGAUUAAAUUAGA